CCAAAGAAAGAUCCAUGCUUCUUUAGAAUCUUGGGCAAAGUCCCCCAACUGAUUCUUCUCUGCGAAAGGGGAACCUUAAUUGAUCAGAAGGCAGACACCCAAGUUCUUGGUUUCAGAAAAUGCCUCCCUCACUUUCAUACAGACUCACAAACUCAGUGACAGCAUCAAGAUUCAACUUCCCCAGACACAACAUCAAUCACCCUCGCAAUACCGCCGCCAAUCUCCCCAUUCUCUUCAACCCCGACAAAACCCCACUUCACAAUCCCACUCCAUCGUUGACCAAAAACCCAAUCUUUACUUCAAAAACCCAGAAACUUACUUCAGUCCCCAACUGCGCAGACCCUAGCGAGUCUCUGCAUCUUUCACAACCUUCAGGAACUCAAGAACAGACCCAGAAGAAGAGCUUUUGGGGAGCUGUCAGCUUGAUCGUGGGGACGGCAGUGGGACCAGGAAUGCUGGGCCUCCCUGCGCUCACCAUCAAAUCAGGUCCUUUCCCUUCAACCAUUGCCAUUCUCUUGGCAUGGGUUUAUGUUGUGUCCUCCAUAGUACUUGUUGCAGAGCUCACUUUUGCAGCCAUGGAGGAAGAUGGGGUUGGGGAGGUGAGCUUCACUGGCCUUGCUACUAAGGCCUUGGGGAACGGAUUUGGGGCUCUUGUGGCCAUUGUGUAUGCUUCUCUGAGCUUUUCUCUGUUGGUGGCAUGUGUUUCUGGGAUUGGUUCCAUUGUCUCACAGUGGUUCCCAUGUGUGGAUGUUGCACUGGCCUUUGGGUUGUUUCCUUUGGCUGUUGGGGUUGUCAUCAGGUUCUUCCCCUUUUAUGCAAUAGAUGCUGCAAAUAGGCUCUUGUGCUUUGUUAUGCUUAUAUCUAUAAGUGCACUAGUGGGGAUUGGUUUGUCUGUGGCUAGGAGUAAUGUGGUUGCUUCCUUUUCUCAUGCCUCUUGGAGCGUGUCAUCAAUUUUGCCAGCCAUACCAGUCAUGGUACUGACGCUGGGGUUCCAUGUGAUCACCCCUUUCAUUUGCAAGAUUGCUGGAAAUUCGGUGCACGAUGCUAGGAAAGCUAUUCUAAUUGGUGGGUUCAUUCCAUUAAUUAUGGUUUUUUCAUGGAAUUUGAUUGUUCUGGGGCUUUCUGGGACUAAUCCUGGAGCUUCACCUGGAGAUCCCAUAUCCCUUUUACUCUCUGUCAAGUCCUCCGCUCUAGCAGCGGUUCAAGGUUUCGCCUUUUCUGCUCUUGCUACUAGCCUGAUAGGCUAUGCUGUAAGUUUCCCAAAACAGCUCGUUGAUACCUUAGACUUGAUUUUCCAGAAGAACAACGGAGGGAAAAAUUCGAGUCCUGCUCCGAUGAUCUGUGAUGGAAAUGGAGCUGGCAGAGUUGGUUCUCUAGGUUAUUUGAGGUUGGAUUGUGUUGGUCAUCCUGGAAUCAUCUUAUUUAGUAGAUUACAACAUUCAUCAGCUCCAGAAAAUUAUGCAACAUCGAGCAAAAGGGCAUUUGAUUCCAUUGAAGUUCUUGUAGUGCCAGUGGUACUUGGUGCUUCGGUUCUUAUAGCGUCCUUCUUUCGCUCAACUUUUUCUAGAGCACUCGAUUUUGCUGGGGUAUAUGCUAACUGUUUCCUAUUUGGCAUCCUUCCUCCAUUGAUGGCAUACAUUCAGCAAUCCAGGAAGAAGCUCAGGUGCGAAACAUGGUUCACCCAGCACAUUCAUUUUCUGCAUUGCAACCUCUGUUUUGAGUAGUUACCAAUGUUGCUGAUCUCAUCCUUUGGAAAAGCUACAAGUACGACGGAUAAUUAGAUGUAUAUAUUUGGUUGGAGGUAAACAUCAAGGAUGUUCAAAAAUAUUCUCUGUAGUCUAACUAAUGAAAAUGGCAGUGCACUAAGUUAGCCGAGAGUCUUAUUGGCGGGCUCUUUAGAGGUUGGCAGAUGGAGACCAAUAAAUCACUAGUUCUGUAUGUUGCUUGGACAUUGCUGGACCGAUUGAUUAAUCUGGUUAUACUUUCAGUUUUUUCAAAUCAAUAAAAUAAUGAGAUGGACAUUAGUGAGAGCUGCCAAGUUGCAGAGAUGAAAAUUUUUGUGUAUUUCUGAUUAAAGCGCAAGACAAAACUCUUUAACGAGCUCCUGAUUGAGUCAUAAUCUCUCAUAUCUCUCUGCAUAUGCAUCAUGAGGCAACAGGAAGAUUCUACUGACAUUCUGUAUCUAAAGAAUAUGAUUCUCAAUAUGUUUUGCUUGUAUAGUAAUUUACUCAUAUCCAGAUUAUAUGGGAACUGCUUCAUCCUUUCCAAGCAAGUUUAUGGGUGGUGAAGGUAUAUGAUUAUUAAUAUGGUUUGGUUCUUCUUUGUUGAACUUGGUUUGAACCAAUGAUGUAUACAUAAACAUUCUUGGAGAAGUAUACAAAAUGCUUUCAACAAAAGAAUGUGCCUCUCACUUCUCACCACUGUACAUGUCAUCAUGCUAUCCUUUUACAGAUGGACAAAUUAUAUCUGAAAACAAGCUUUGCAUUUUGCAGGCCAGAGAUUCUACCAGGAGGAAAUGUUACUCUUCUGUUACUCUUUAGUGUUGCUGUUGCUUUAGGAAUUUGGCAUUAAGCACAUCUAGUAAUGACGAAUGAGCACCUUAAAACAAGUCAAGGCUCGCAUUGCCUAUUUCUGGUACAUUUUCUUUUGCGGUUCAGAUCUCUUGAGAGGAUCAUUGUUGCUUUCUUUUGGCUAGAUAGGAACUGCACGAGGGAGAUGUAUGUGCAUUUUUAGUUCAAUUGGUCAACAUUGUGGACCCCUUAAUUUAGUCAGAUAAUUUGAAUGGGAAUAAUCAUCUCUUGACUCCUGGUCAUUGACUUACAAAUUUUCUUGAUUCUAUAAGAAAACUAGUUGGAGCUUUUGGUUAAAAUUAUAAAUUUGGACUUUCACAUUUGGAUGAAUCAUAAAGAUGUAGUAGGUACUUGAUCCAAAAGAGUAUAUAUAAAUAAUGCUAGAGAACAAACUGAAUGUGAAGUUUCAUGGAAAAUGGCUGGCAAAUAAAAUUGAUUUUGUAAACUAGUACCUCAGAGCAUUUGCUAAGUAACAAAGUAAGGCCGAUCAAGCUAUUUCUAAUUCAGUAUGUUGAAGAAAUGGUCCGAGUCUGAAGAUAGGACACUCCCUAAUGCGACUCUGAUUAUAUAUGUCGAUCGCAUCAAGGGAAAUAAGAACUGAGAUGAGAUACUUGUCUCCUUCGAGACGCCGAGCAUCUCAUCUUCAUCUCUUAGCCUUUGCUGAAGUGCCCUUGAAUCUCUCCAGAGAAAGACUUGACACUGUAAUGGAAGAUCAUGAGGCAUUGAGGCCGGAAAAUGGGAGGCUGGAUUCAUCUCAGUGUAUUGUUCUUCUGUACUCAUAAGUUACCCUUUGCUGUUGUAUGCACCAGCACAAAUGUAAGUAUCGCAGGCAAUGGAUAACACUUCUGAGGAACUAGAUCAGAGCUUAGUGAUCUGUUGGCAAAGAGUAGCAGAAAUUUUUUGUACAAGAAAAAUAAAAAAAGUCGAGAGGCCUUUUAUUUUUUACCUUUUGACUGAAUGAGAUGGUAUUUUUUCCAAAAAUCCGUGCCGUCCUUAGUUAUGUCGAUAGUCACGGGUAACGACCCUUCCGAUAGUGCAGCAGCAGGGACCCACCACUGCAGCCGGGAUCCUCGAAGACGGGAUCAAAAUCGGCACGCAAGUGCGGAUCUGCGCGUCGUCCCACCCUGCCAGGUUUGUCAUUUCAAUUUCCUUAUGUAAAUGGAAGACAUUUAUAGUUGGAUGACAAUGAAAUGUCCCCAUCAUGCUACUAAUGUUCCUAACUGCGCAUCACCUAUUUCUGGUAGAUUUUCUUUUGCUGUUUAGAUCUCUUGAGAGAAUUAUUGUUGCCUUCUUUUGGCCAGAUAGGAACUGCGUGAAGGAGAAGUAUGUACAGAUCUUUGAAUGGAAUUAACCAUGUAUUGACUUCUGGUCA